AUGUCGGUCCCCAACGCUUCGACUUCGGACAGUGUCCCAGCCCAGCGCGAUACCGAAACCCAGCCUCGCGAGCCGGCCGACCGCAAAGCUCAGCCGUGGAAGCUCAACUGGCCUCCUCGGUCCGCGGUUGAAGUCGGAGAGGCUCAUGGCUUCGAGAGCGGGUCUGUGAUGAUGUCGGACGGAAGCAGCGGGGCGGCCGCUGAGUACCCAAGGGUCGACUGA